UAUGUAGUUGUACAUGUAGUGACUUUAUUUGUUAUCUCCCUUGCUGUAUUUGCAUUUAAACCAAAUAUACACAAUAGUGAUUGUUUAACAAACGUUAUGUCUGAUGGCAAAAUCUUGUACCCCCAGCCUACUUUGGACGAGGGGAUCACGAAGGGACGAUUCAAAGGAAAAAUCGUCAUAGUAACUGGAGGUGCUUCUGGUAUUGGAAAAGAAACAGCGAGGCGUUUCCUUAACGACGGUGCUACUGUAGCAAUUUUCGACAUCAAUGACGACGCCAUCAGAGAAACAGAACACGAAUUCAACGAACAGGGGUUUCACCCAGAAUUCCACAGCGUUGAUGUUUCCGAUAAAGCCCAAUGUCUUUCGGGAGUAGGAAAGGUUGCAGACGCCAAUGGUGCAGUCAUACAUUAUCUUGUUAAUUGCGCUGUCUAUUUUGGCUCUCAAGGUCUUGAGGCCGAACACAAGGACUGGUCCAGAACAAUGGCGGUGAAUGUCGAGGGUAUAUCCAAUAUGGUCCAAUCAUGUUAUCCUUAUAUGGUCAAAGCUAAGAAUAGUUCAAUUUAGAGCUAAGUCGACUUGUUUAUUGUAGCUGGUGGUCGUGAAUGCGGGAUUGUAAACUUAUCCAGUAUUUCGGCCCAUCGAGCCCAGAAAGCAAGAUGGACGUACUCGGCUUCAAAGGGAGCCAUUCUUUCACUCACUCGGUGCAUGGCUUUGGAUCUUUCCCAAGAUGGCAUCCGUGUCAAUUCCAUCAGUCCGGCCUGGAUAUGGAGCCCUGAGGGGGCCAAAGGAGCUGGAUUUGACAGAAAGUCAUCGGAGGCUAGAGGAGGCAAUUUUCACAUGUUAAGGCGAUUUGGCGAAAUGGCCGAAUGCGCAGCAACAAUAACUUUCCUGUGUAGCAAAGACGCUUCGUUUAUAACUGGCACAGAUUUAGGAGUGGACGGGGGUUACCUUUCGAUGUCUGCGGAGGGAUUUGGAGAAAGCUCGUCAUUCGCCGGAAGUGCUUUGAAAGUUGAUCAAUAGGCAUAACGUGGUUGAAGAUGGGGCCAGCUGGGAAGUUGGGGCCAGCUGGGAAGGUGGUGUUGAACAUGAGACAGAUGGACUACCCCUUGAUGAAAUAAUUUUUUGACCACAGGGUUACAUGUUUUCGGAGAUAUAAUUGCUAUCUACUGAUCCAUCUGUGCAAAUGCAGUCAUAUCAAUCGAGGUCAUUCAAUAGUAUACUAAAUUUAUACAAAGAUUUUGAACUGCUCUAGAAAAUUUGAAUAAGCUUGCACUAGAUUGUCCCACAACAAGUUUUCAAUCAAAUAUUAUCUGUCUGCAAACCAAUACUCAUAUUUGAAAGGUUUUGUUUAUUGUCGUUAUACAUAUAGUCUUUUUAUUCCUAUAUAUUAAUAUAAUAUACAGUAUUAUCAUAUCUGAAUGGAAAUUGUUUACAAUAUAUAGAGGG